UGAUCCUGUCCGUACCUGUGUUUUUCAAGACCUCAACUCUCUCGUCGAAAAUGUUUAAGCUAGCGACAUCAUCAUAAACAGACAAAUUACAGGAACGGCAGCGCGAUGGUGUACCUUCACUUUCCAUCGAAUCUUACCGAGGAGGAAUUGAUGCUACAGGCCAAAUAUGCUAUGCUGCGCAAAAAGAAGAAGGCGCUCCAAGCGUUCAAAACACCGAAGCCGGAGCUGGAGAAGAACAUCAUACCGAAGAAGCCGGCGGAUGCCCGGGACGCGCGCGAGGUGGCUCGCAAGCUGCUGAAGAGCGGAGCGAUACAAGCCUUUCAAAAGCCGCAGAUCAAGCAGGAAUCGUCGUUCAAGCGACCGAAGGGCCAGGAACAGAAGCGGGCGCAAUCGGUCGAACUUUCAAAUGGUGGCAGUACCCAAUACCGAUCGUUUGGUGCAGCAGCAGCCGGUACGGAACAGAUAGGGCCGAGCGGCGAACAGGUCGGCGACGGUAUGCUUACGCCGGCAUCCGGAACUCCUGCUUUAGCUCCCACCGACUCACCGCACACCGAAGAGUUGGCUGCUGGUCCAGCGUCGCAAUGCACCCUUCGUCUGAACCUGUACCAGCAGUACGAGCGUGACCGCUCGGAGGUGGUCGAUCCCGCCUACAACUCGAGUGUCGUCGAGGAAGAAUCGGCGAAGGAGAAGCCGCGCACCGGAAACACAGUUUACGUGUCGGGCAACAAGGUGACGGAGGAGUUUCUGAAGAAGUACUUCGGCGAGUACGGCGAGAUCCUGAACAUCUCGAUGGAGAUCGAAAAGGGUCGCGGUUUCGUCACCUACGCAAAAAUUGAGUCGGCUGACCGGUCAAUUGCAGAGCUGCACUCUAAAACGGUCGGAGGAAUCCAAUUGCAAGUGCAGCUAGCACGACGUCAACCGCAGAUCAAUCCCAUCAACGAAGCCGGCUCGUCUGCGGUCUGGUCCGCACUCGCAACUAACCGAUCUCAGAAAGGCAAACACAAGGAUAAUCGCGAGAUGGUUUGCUACGACUAUGAUGAUAUAUUUUAAACCUAAACUAGUUUAUAAGUCAAGUAGCCAAAGUGAAUUUAAAGUAGAAUAGUGAUAAUACUCAUACAAGAGCAGCCAACACCUCUGCUUCUUAGCUCUUAUGGCACAGAAUGCAUCGAUUUUGGUAUAUGUUAUUAGUUAGCAUUACUUUUCUUACAAUUCCCGUUCGGGUGUUUUUUGUACGACACAUUAGUGUCUUCUACGUCUCCUUAGUAUUUUAUCUAUAUCAGGGGCUUCAAACACGCGACUCGUUCGUUCCCAGUAUAUGUAAGUUAAGGUCGGCGAAGAAUUUUGUGUUGUAUAUGUGUUCUAUAUGGUUUUAUUAGAGUGACAGACACAAAUAAAAUCCACUAUCGAAGAAGAAUUGUAUUUGCAGCGCAAUGGUUCUGCUUGUGCAAGCAAUGGUUGUAUAUAUGGGCUGCCGUCAGCAUAAGUGCCAGUCUAUUGGAGGUCUAAUAAAUGAUCCUGCCUCAUAUCGAAACAUUCGAGUGAUAAUUUCAUAUAACUCGCAUUGCUAACUCAUGCCAAGGCGCUCGCCGCAUUUCGGGAAACAGGAUAACAUUAAUCAAUUAGUAAAAAAAGCAAUAACGGCAAAUGGGGGCGCUCCGUUUGGGCGCCGCUUGCAAAUGAGCAUGAAAUUCGAUCAGGUGCUCCUGCGUUUAGUCAGUAAUCGAUCUUGUCACGACGUUCGAGGAGGCCGAGGGUGCUUCAUCAAAUUAAACAUCCGGAUGCGAAUCGCGUUGUUGGUAUAAGUAUGUCUUUGUAUAUAUAUUUGUACAGGAUUUGCUGUUGCAUAUCGGCAUAGUAUCGUAUUCCUCUUCGCCGCUUGGGCCCAAUAAAGCAUAAAACCGUUUCCCAUUU